UCUGACAGCCAGCCUGCCCGGGCCAGCGGUCUCUCUGCCCGGCUGAGAGAUUCCAAGAGGGGUCGGUCCGAGACGGAGCGGAGGGAGAGGAAGAAAACAAGGAGCGGAGAGACUAACGGCAACGUGGAGGUGAAGGUAGACGACUAGUUGUUUUUGUUUUGCCUUCAGGACUCGGGGAGCAUGUUUUUUGCAGUGAUUUGACUCAAAGGUGGGAGAGGAUAUAUUUUUUUACUCUUUGUUUUUCGGCUUUGUUUGCGCUGAUUCUGCACAUCAGCCAGCGGAGCAUCGUGAAGGAGCUGCCGCACUCCUGCCGCUCUCCCGCCGCUGCUCUCUCCUCCUUCCAGCGGUGCGUGGAUGCUGGGGGUGUUUUUCCCUGCAAAUUUUUUUUGCAUCAGAUAACACAUCUGGAGGAGGGAAAACACCAGGACAUGCUCAGGCAAUAAAGGAAGGGACGGGAGAAAUGUUUAACAAGUAUAGUGAGGCUUGUUUAUAACGGACACAAGGAGGAGAAGCUGCAGGAGGAGGAGAAGCAGAAAGCUGCAGGUUUGCUGAGCCUGUGGGGAUGAGGACGAGUAUCACAACCAAGCUGUCAGUGUGAUUAAAAGGAGGCGAAGAGGCUCCAAAGCACAGAUUGUCUACCCCGUCCGAGGAGGCUGUGAUGGAGGGUGAAGGCACCAGGGUCUUCACAUUCCGACAGCCAGCCGCAGGAGCAGCAUGAGGAGGAGGAGAUUAGAGGGAGUAAACACAGAGGAGGUGACCCUUAUCAUACCCUAAAGGAGACAAGACAAAGAGCAUGAACUUGUGUUUGUCUGCAGUGCCAAAGAAGAGCCAGGAGACGCCUCCAUGGCCAGAGUAACAUUGCCGUCGUAGCUCCUUCAGGGGCCCUUUUAACCCUACUACAAGCUGCACUGGGGGGCUCAAACGUUCCCCUGACUCCACCAGGAGGCUCUCUCCAACCCAUCUGCCAGCUCAGAUAACCCUCUGACUGUUGGCAACCACAUGUUUGAGGUGACUGUAUGUGACCGCCGCCGCCGCCCAUUCUCGAGCAGCAGCAGCAGCAUCCUGCGACCCCGAUCUGCACCAUGCAGUGGAGACGGCGGCACUGCUGUCCCAUCAAGAUGACCUGGACCGUCAAACGUUCGCUCUUUCGGACACAUGUGGCUGGACUCCUCUCGCUGGCUCUGCUCUUCACCCUCUUCUUGUUUUUCAGCCAUCAAGACUGGCUGCCGGGACGCAGCGGGCCCAGGGAAAACCCGCUGGCCUACACCGUUAGGGGCUUCCGCAGCCCCAAGGGGGAAGCAAACCAGAGCAGCUCCCUGAGGAGCCUGUGGAGAGAUACGGGAUAUGUAGCGCCAAAGCCUCUGCUCAACCUCAGCUCUCAGCAGGCGGAUGGAGCAGCGGGAGAAACAGGAGGGGGAGGUGGAGGAGGAGCAGCCAGGAUGGGAGUAAUGGGGCUUGGGGACACGAUGAGCACCAACAACAGUUUACAGAAGGAGAUGGGAGUAGGAGGGAGGCUUAGUGCACAGCCCUACCGCUACAUCCUAAAUGAGCCCUUCAAGUGCAGGGACAGCACACCUUUCUUAAUCCUCCUCAUCGCUGCAGAGCCGGGCCAGUCUGAUGCCCGCAACGCCAUCCGUCAAACAUGGGGGAACGAAAGCGUAGCAAUGGGGCUGGGGUUUGUCCGCCUUUUUCUUCUCGGCACAGGAAAAAGCUCAGACACCUUUCUCCAGAGCAGCAUCGAGGAAGAGAGCCGUGUUUACCAUGACAUCAUCCAGCAGGACUAUCAAGACACUUACUACAACCUGACCAUCAAAACCCUGAUGGGCAUGAACUGGGUGGCCACUUAUUGCCCACACGCCACCUACGUAAUGAAGACAGACAGCGACAUGUUUGUCAACACCGAGUAUCUCAUCCAAAAGCUGCUGAAGCCUGAGCUACCUCCGAAGCAGAGGUACUUCACAGGCUACCUGAUGAGGGGCUAUGCACCAAAUCGAAACAAGGACAGCAAGUGGUACAUGCCGCCGGAGCUGUACCCGAGCGAGCGCUACCCGAUAUUCUGCUCAGGAACCGGGUACGUGUUCUCAGGGGACAUGGCCGAGCUGAUUUACCAGGCCUCUCUCAGCAUACGCAGGCUACACCUGGAGGACGUUUAUGUCGGGAUCUGCCUGGCUAAGCUGCGAAUCGACCCGGCGCCCCCUCCCAAUGAGUUCCUCUUCAACCACUGGCGGGUGUCUUACUCUAGCUGUAAGUACAGCCACCUCAUCACAUCCCAUCAGUUCCACCCCAAUGAACUUAUCAAGUACUGGAACCACUUGCAGACCAACAAGCACAAUGCCUGUAUCAACCUGGCCAAGGAAAAGAACGGCAGGUACAGACACCGAAAGUUUCACGGAGAGAGGCCUCCUUGAUGCAUCCUGUGACGACCACCCGCCUCAAAAUACAACAUAAAAAAACAAGGGAGCUGGGCGCACUGUAACUACAGCCGGUGGAGGGCAUGUUGAACACAAUAUAUGGGGAAAAGCACAUUGUUUUUGGUAUUGUGUACAGUCAAUGAUCCAAAAUAUUUUUUUUAAUUUGAGAAAAAUGUAAAGUAUUGUAAACCUGUUAAGCUAUUUCUAAAAGGGAUAUCUGGAAACAUGUCUGUACAAUAUGGAGCAUGCACAAACAGUGCUGCUCAGAAAGUAGUGUUUAUGAUUAUUCAGGUGCCAAUAGGGAGGUGAUAAUUUAUUCUACACUUAAUGUGAGGGCUCUCUUUUAAAGGGUAGUACAGUAUGUCGCACUCUACAAGUAUAAAAAAAGACACAAUAUGUGUUUACACAAAGGGAAAUGCACAUGUACUAUGUGGAAAGUUACACUACCUAAAUAUGAAUGAAAGUAUCUUUGACGUCGACCAGUAAUGCUGCCCUGUUUCUCAGUGUUUACUUUACAGAUUUAUCAGAGUAGGACUCUACAGAGAAGGUUUAUGUCAUAUACUGUAUUUUAUUUUUAAAAAAGUCAACAAGAAAGCACUCAGAUUCACGUCAGAGAUGACUGAGAUUGUAUUUUUUAAAGCUUUACAUUGAGUAUGACUGCACUUGAGCAAAUGUGCAAUGAAUCAAUUAACAAUUAAAUGUACUGAAUUCA